AAUCUAAGGCUAAUCCGCUCUCAAGUCGGACGCGUCGCAAACUGGCCUGCCUCACCGUCGCUUGUUUGGGUGACUUCGACGCGUGAACGCCAUACUGCCGAAAUGGCACAAGAAUGUCGCUUCAUCCCUCAUCGCUUGAUCCUGCGAAAUGGCAGACAGUGUCACUGUACAGGACCUCAAAGACAGACUUGCAGAUCUUGAAGCCCUUGCUGCGGUUCCGAACAUCUCACGCCAAGGCAAAGUCACUACAAUCUUUCGUAUGCCUAGCGUGCCACAAGUCCUCAACACUCUCGCUCCUCCCGCUUUCCAGACACUCGAAGACCUUCUGCCCACUAGCAGAAGGGCAUACUCGGACAAGCUGCGGGCAGCCUUCCCGGCAGACAUCAUGCAACGUCUGAGAUCAUUCGAUGUCGAGCUCGAUCCGACGAUGCGCCUCGCCAAUAUCACUAGGCUCAAUCCAGAGCUCGCCUCCUCAGACGAAUGGGUCACAUCUGAGCUGGCGGAAAUGAUGCAGCAGCACAUCGCCCGUACCGACGGCUACCUUAAUCUCGCGAGCCUGCUAAAGAAAGCACACCUUGUGCGCUAUCGCUUCGCUCAGCUCAGCAGCUUCAUCCUAUCUCAUCCCUGGACGUCCUUCGACAAUGAAUCGGAUGUCUACGAGCUUUGGCGCAAGCUGACUUUCUCUCAGCUGAUCGAUAUGCUGCCUCUCAACAAACUUGGCUUCACGCUCCCUUCAUGGACUCAUAAGUUCAUAAAGCGCAAAACGAGUGACUACCUGCAUAUUACGCACCUGGCGCUCGCCAAUUUCAAUGAGGCAUUCGUUCGCGACGAAACAGACAUCUGUUCGCAACUCGAGCACGUGGCAGCCUGGAUCCAUGCAGCACACCUUGAUAGUCCGGACGGUCGUAUCCGCUGUCUACAUCUAGGCUGCCCCUUUCGCUCAAAUCGUUCGCGACAGCUGGGACUAUGCAGCUGGCACGACACACUCGACGCACGUCUGCAGCUCGGCGUCGGAGUCAGGCCUCGUAUCUUGUAGCUCCAUUCUUGUAGUUCAAUGCAUCAAUCCCGCAA